AUGUUGGCACUGCUUCUGCCGUCUGGACAAUUGGCUCGAACGAAGAGCACAUUGUUCGACGCAAAUGGGAAUGUUAAGGACGGAGAAAAGUAUGGGAAGUGGACGCGUACCUGUGACAAAUUGUACCUCUUCUCUAACAAGCUUGGCACUUGGCAGCAGAGUUGGGACCUUUGCUGCAGUUUAGGCAUGAAACCAAUAUCGUUUAACUCGGCGUCCGAUUUCGAGUGUUUGAGCAACUCGACGAAAGCAAACUGGACGCUAAACUAUAAUUAUUGGACGGCGGGACGCGCAAUGGGCACCUGGGGUAAGUGGGCCUGGUGCCCAGGAGCCGUCAACCUGCCCGACUCGCUUUCCUGGGCUCCGGGGCAACCGGACAAUAAUCAGAAAAACGAGAAUUGCCUUCAUUUGCAAGUGAUGAAAAAUUCGAGCGGUACACUUUUAUCAGACCAGAACUGCAGCCACAAGUACGUCAUGGCUUGCCAGGGCGACGCGUUGAUGGCGUCCGACUGCAACAAGCCAAACUGUCCAAUGGAGUGUUUUAAAAAUGCAAGAUUUUUCUUCCUAAAUUUAGUGAAAAUUGUCUGAUAUUCUCUUACAGAUUUGUUUGUUCACGGCCAGUGGAAUGCCGGUUGUGGCAAGGAUUAUCUGUUUUCGAAAACAACUCUGGAUUGGUUGGGCGCGUGGAAUUAUUGCUGUUCCAUUGGAAUGAAAUUGGCAUCGAUUGAAGCUCUUGAGGAAUUGAGUUGUCUUACGAAUAUGGUUGCGAAAUAUCCCAGAGCGGUCUACCCUGAUCAAUGUGGAAGGGAUUUCUGGACAUCUGGCACCAACCGCGGUUGUCCAGGAGUUCACUUCUGGUGUUCUGACGACGAAAAAUUGAACAAGGAAGAAAUAGCCAACUGGAAAAACGGGAAAAUGCCCUCGGAGAGUGCUGAUCAGUGCAUUUUUAUUAAUUUGUCAAAUUCGACUUUGAGUGAGACCUAUUUGGGCACUGAUUCUUGUACCAAGCAAAAACAGUUUCUUUGUGAAGCAUUGCAACCGGGCAAUAAAUCGGUGCAAAUCGCGCGCUCUUGCUCAGAAAUUUGGAAUGUGACUGAAAAUGAAGUGAAUGAUAUAAUUAUGAAUCCAAGCGGCGACGUCCUCAACCAAACACGCAAUCUCAAAUGUUAUAUAAGGUGCUGCGGGAAAAAAGGACACGUUAUAAAAACCGGGUCACUGGUGACGGAUGAAAUUUUGCGCAACUUGGAGGACUUGACGGCCGACGACCUGCAAGCCAUGCAGGAUGGCUUUGAAAACUUUGAUUCCUGCACUUCCAUUCAGUCCACUGACGAGUGUCACCUGAUGGCCCAGAUGUUCCAGUGUGGAAAGAAAAAUGAUCCAGACCUGACUUUAGGUCUCGUCACUGCCAUCAAAGGAGACGCCACUGUUUCAGUAACUGCUACAGGGGGAAUAAAAACCAGCGGGAGAUUAUGUCCUCUGUAUCCAAGUUGUGUUCCAAACCAAGCAAAUAUUGAUGAACUUAAAAACACUGGAUCAUGUAAAGAUUGA